GCGUCACCGGAACAUCGACCGCUUCGCGCUUUCCCACCUACUCCACACAAGUUACUGCAUCUCCAAGAGCAGUCUAUUGCACGCCAAAGAAACGAACCGACAUACAUCUAUUGCUUUUUAAGAAUUUCUUCCACAUGCGGCUUCUCACGCACAACUUCCUCGCGUGUCUGCAGUGUGACACCUCCCCCCUCCUCCUCACCGCCACCGACGUCGAGGAGAUCCCGGUGGAGUACGACGCGGAGUUCACGCGACGCAUGCUGGCGCGCAUCGACUACCCAAGUCUGCGCACGACAUUUCACAAGCUGAGGGCGGCACACGAUCUCGUGCGAGGGCACUCGGGGGAGCUGCCGGCGACGUUGGACGGGGCCGACCUGACGGAUGAAAGCGAAUUUCUCCGGUGCGCGCACUACGCGCUCAACGUAAUCGCCGUGAAGAACGGUGCGCUGCAGUGCCCAGCGUGCAAGACGACGUACGCCGUGCACGAGUUCAUUCCGAACUUCGUGCAGGAGAACAAGUGA